AUGUUGUCGCAUACGAGGAAAAGGAUGCGUGAAAAUACGAGGACUAACGUUUCUGCACGAGUUGCGAAAAAUCGGAAGUUGGAUCCGAUAAUGAAAGUUGAGUGCGGUAAUAUUUUAAAAGAAUUAAUGAAUCACCCUGCUGGAUGGGUUUUCAGCGAGCCUGUUGAUCCUGUGAAGUUACAAAUUCCCGAUUAUUUCUCCAUUGUUUCCAAACCCAUGGAUCUUGGAACCGUAAAGGGUAAACUCGAUAUUUACUCUUGUGCCGACGAGUUUUUCGAUGAUGUGAAAUUGACUUUCGCCAAUGCGAUCUUGUAUAAUCCCGGUUGGAACCGAGUUCAUCACUUGGCAAAGCAGUUGGAUUCCCUUUUCUAUAAGAGAUGGAAAAAAUUCGAGGCCGAUCGAAAAAGAAAGAAAGAUUCGGAUCAUACUCAGUGUGUUCGAAAGAGAUCGAAAAAAGAUUUGUCGUCUAGUGGUCAGGGUUUUUGUAUUCAACAUGCACGUACGGUGGGGGCUGGUUCGAAAGACAAUUCCACCCCUGCGGCCUCCUGUGCUUCUGUUGCUAAUGUCCAAAAACGGAAAAAAGAUUCCGUUGAUGAUUGUGUCGGAAAACAAAAACAAAAAGAUUCCGCUGCUGCUUCGAUUAUUAUGUCUGCAUCGAACGUCGAAGAAAUGUCUCUGAAGAUCUCUUUGAGAGCUGCGACGCUGAAAAGUCGGUUUGCAGAAACAAUCUUGAAAGCCAAGUAUGAACUGCAGCAGCACAAGGGUUCAACCGAAGAAAGACGAUUUGAGUCGGAAGAGGAAAGGGUAAAAGAGAGAGAAAGAAUCGAAGAAGAAUAUAGAGCUGCACAAAAAGAAGAUUUGAAGACGAGACGCAAGAUUGAGAGGAUGGCUCUUGAACAGAUGGAAAAAAGCGUUAUUACUGCUGCUAGUAAUUGUGUGGUUGUAAACCCUCUCGAGAAACUCGGCCUCUAUCUAAAGGAGGACGAUGAUUAUUAUUAUCACGAAGAUGAAGAACAAGGAUAUCGUGCACAGCUUGUUAUCGAGGAUGAGUUGGAAGAAGGGGAGAUUCGUUAA